AUUUUCCCUUUCAAUUCAUCUUAAUAUAAACACACACUCCCACACUUCACCCAAACCAAAAACACCAGAGGCUUCCUUCCACAGCAAGCAUCAAUGGCGCGCAGCAUCCACUUCAUCAAUCUCCUCCUCUUGCUCUCCAUCUUCACCAUAUGCAAAUCAGAUGAACCAGAUUGCGUUUACACGGUGUACGUCAGAACAGGAUCGAUCAUCAAAGGCGGCACCGAUUCGUCGAUCAGCUUAACCCUGUACGACGCGGGCGGGUACGGGAUCCGGAUCCGAGAUCUGGAGGCGUGGGGCGGGCUCAUGGGCGCCGGAUACAACUACUUCGAGAGAGGGAACCUCGACAUCUUCAGCGGCAGGGGCCCGUGCCUGACCGGGCCGGUCUGCGCCAUGAAUCUCACCUCCGACGGGUCCGGGUCGGGUCACGGGUGGUACGUCAACUACGUCGAGGUCAGCACCACCGGAGUCCACCAGGCCUGCGCGCAGAGGAAGUUCACCGUGGAGCAGUGGCUAGCCACCGAUACGGCGCCGUAUGAGCUCACUGCGGUUAGGACUUUCUGCUCCGAGUCGUAUGGGAAGAGAGGCGGCGGCGAUUCGAGGCUUGUGGCGGUGAUGUGAUUUGAUGUGAGAGAGGCCGGGUUUUAUGUUCGGGUCGGGUUUCCCGGCCCAGGAUUUGUGGGUUUUUGAAAAAUGGAUUGCAUCCGAAUUGUGAGUGUGGGUUUUAGUUUUUGUUGGAGGGAAUAAAUGAAUGUGUGAAAGGACGGGAAUGACCUUAUUGUGUGUAAAGGGAUUAAUUUGUUGCGUGAUUUCGCGAGGGGUGAAAUGGUCCGUUGGACAAAGUUUAUCCAAAUGUUUUUUGUUCAAGAUCUAUGAAAACGAAAUCUUGGUGAUUGAUUUCAA